AUGGCCAUAAGAUCAUAUCGUGCUUCGUCACUUAAAUCAAAUGAAAUUCCAACUGAUUUACAACUUGGUACAUUUGCAUUGAAGUGGCCUGAAGAAAUAAAAAAGGCUCUAACUCCCAUCGUCGUCAAUUUAUCGAUUGAUGCAAAAGGCUUUUACCUGAUUUGUUUGAGUAAAACCAAAAAAGAAGUCGAAUGUUUUGAUCUUGCAUUAAUUCAUGAUACUCGUACAGGUUCACAAGUAUUACUUCCUCAAGGUCAUGAAUAUUUUCAAAAGAAUAACAUUGGCGUACUUGAUGUUCCAAUUCAAUCGAAAUGGCUUACAAUUUAUUAUGGGAAUACGUAUGUUCCUACAGAAUUGCGUUUAAUUCAUUUUUAUUUUGAAUCACCAAGUAUUGCAGAAAGAUGGGCUAAACAAUUAUUUCAAUUUGGACAUAAUCAAAUUUUAAGAAACUUAUCUAGUUUAGAUUGUCUCGAAAAACUUCAUUCAAGAAUUAUUCAUGGUUUAAUUGAUCCAGAUAGAAAAACAAUAUCUGUUAAAAGUUUCAUUCAAUUUCUCUGUAAAAACAUUCAUGAUAAUAGCAAAGAAAAAACAAUACUUCGAGCAUUAGAUCACUUAAAAUUACCAUGUCAAAUGGAUUCUGUGAUUAAUCCAGCUGAAUUUACUUUCAAUAAGUUUUUUCGGCUUUAUAUGCAUCUGAUGGGCUGUCGUGAAAUCGAUAAUUUAUUUGAAUCAAUGAUUGGAAAAAAUCGACGAUAUCUUAGUUUGGAAUAUAUGAAAGUAUUUCUUAGAAAUCAAAAUGCUUCACUUAAUGAUACUUUUGAAUUGAAUCAUUAUGAGCAAAAAGGUAAAGAUUUAAUUACAAAAUAUACAGAACAUGAUGAACAACUGAAAGAAAAAGGAAUGUCGAAUGAAUCAUUUCUUCGAUAUUUACUAAGUUUUGAUAAUUUAAUUAUUGAUCCAAAAAAGCUAGAUCUAUGUAUGGACAUGAAUAAACCUUUAGCACAUUAUUAUAUUUCAUCAUCUCAUAACACAUAUCUAGCAGGGUAUCAAUGGACUGGACGUUCAAAUGUUGAAAUGUAUCGACAAGUGUUAUUAACUGGAUGUAGAUGUAUUGAAUUGGAUGUAGUUGAUUCAGAAAAGAGAAAUGAUGAACCUGAAAUAAAACAUAAAAAUACGCCUGUUAAACCAGUACUUUUUAUUGAAGUUAUUGUUGCUAUUAAAGAAUACGCUUUUAAAGUGACUCCAUAUCCAUUAAUACUUUCCAUUGAAAACCAUUGCGGUCCUAAAGCUCAAGCGAAAAUGGCUCAAUAUUUCAUUGAUAUAUUCGCUGAAAGUCUCAUAACUGAACCACUUAAAACACAUCCAUGUGAAGAAAACUACCCAUUACCAAGUCCGAAUGAUCUUAAAUAUAAAAUCUUAAUUAAAAAUAAAAAAUUAAAUUCGAAUCAAAGUUCAAAAGUAAAUAAUACAAAUAAACAAACACUUCCUCGAAAAUCAACUACAAUAUCAGCAACUAGUAGUAGUGAUCAAAGUACUGACAUAAGUACAACUCCAUCAUCGUCUAAAAUUUCAUGUCAUAUGACACAAUCAGAUGAGUCCAGUAAAAGUAAAGAAGAAUUAUUUGAACAACUUUCUUUAUUGAUCAAUCAUGAACAAUUAGUGAAUAAAAAUCAUCGUGAUUGUGUUCUCAUUGAUGAUGAAGAUUCAUCUGAAGAAUGUACAGAUAUUAAUGAAACAAAUCCAAAUGAAAGUCAAACAUCAAUUAAUGAUAGAUAUCGUGAAUCGAAAGCAACAAAAGCUAUGUCGGAUCUUGUUCAUUAUGUAGUUCCUGUACGAUUUACAACAUUUGUAUUAGCAGAACAACGUAAUCGAAGUUUUGAAAUGUCAUCAUUUUCUGAAGACAGAGCAUUCAAUUUAAUUCGUGAACAAGCAAAAGAAUUUCUUGCUUAUAAUCAACGACAAUUAUGUCGAAUAUAUCCACGUGGUAUACGUUGGGAAUCAAGUAAUUUUAACCCAUACAUAUAUUGGCCUAUUGGAUGUCAAAUGUGUGCAUUAAAUUAUCAAACAUUAGAUGUACCGAUGCAACUUAAUUUAGGCUUCUUUUCAUUUAAUAAUGCUUGUGGUUACAUAGAAAAACCAUCAGCAUUAUGUCAAUUAAAAAGUUCAUUUGAUCCAAGAAUUCGAAUGAAUGUUGAAAAUGUUGCUGGUUAUCAAAUUUAUAUAAAAGUUAUAUCAGGUCAAUUUUUAUGUCAAGAUCGUGAACCAACAUUUGUUGAUAUUCAAAUGUAUGGAAUGUAUGGUGAUGUAAAUAAACGUCAUGAAUUUCUUGUACGUGCUAAAUAUUGGAAUGGUUUUCAAGCUGUUUAUGAUGACACAGAUAUUGAUUCAGAUAAAUAUUCUGUUCGAUUUCCAAAUGUUACUUUACCAGAGAUGGCUUCACUUCGUUUUGUUGUUUCAACUGAAGAUGGAACAUUUAUAGGACAAAGUUUAAUACCUAUUGCUCAUAUACGUCCUGGUUAUCGUUAUGUUGUAUUAAGAAAUCAAAUGAACAUACCUAUUAAUUCAUCAAGUUUAUUGAUAUUUAUUCAAAUAAAUAUUCAUAUUAAUGCUGAAGAUCAAGAUUUUGCUAAUAAACUUGUCGAACCAUUAAUGAAUCAAAUUAAGAAUCCAAAACAAUUAGAUCAAAAUUCAUAUAAUGAAAAGAAUCAAUAUAAUAAUAUUUUUUCGUCAAUGUUUGUACGAAAUCAUAGUUUAGUACCGAUUCAACAAACAAAUACCGUUAGAAAGCAAAGUGUAACAAUAUUAUCAGAUGAAAAAUAUUCUUAUCAGAAACAUUUAAUUGCUGCUAGCAGAUUACAUGAGAGAAAAAUUUUAUGUAAAGUUCUUUCAGCAAAUGAUAUCAUAUCAGAAGAAGUUGUUAAAGAAGAUCGAACUAUUCGUAACCAACUACGACGUAUUUCAAUGGAUUAUCAAAAGAAAAUUGACAAGGAAGAAGAUCGUUUCGAAAAAUCUCUGAAUCUUCAAUAUAAUGAAAUCUAUGCUCAACGGAACAAAUCAAAUAUGACAAAUAAUUCAGAAAAUAAAUGUCGAACAACAAAUGAAAUUCAUAAAAAAAAUACUGAACAAGUUGAACAAAAUUUACUCGCAAUUUAUUCUACAAAGUUUAAUCUACAAGAAGAAUUAGCAUGUAACGGUUUAAAUGAAUAUUAUAAUGUAAUAGAGAAACAUAUAAAGAAUGAUUAUACAAGACAAAUGAAUCAAAUUGAUAGAAUUCUUCAAGAAGAUCAGAUCAUUUUAUUACAGCAAAAAAGUAGUCAAUCACAUUCAAAAGUUCGUGCAUUAAUUAUUCAAGCGCUUGAAGAAAUGCACGAGGACGUAAAAGAACAACUUCAAAUAAAUUUUCAAACAAAUCUUGAUCAACUUGAAGAACACAAAUGCAUGGAAAUACAAAAAUGUCUUGAAAAAUAUUUCAAUCAGUUGGAAACAAUCAAAGUUCGUUUACAACAUCUAACAAAUAGAAAUGAAGGUGAUUUCCAAAAUGAUAAUUCAUUAUCAACACAUGGUUCUAAAAUAAGACCAACUAUUUCAUUAACGGCCCUUUCUGAAUAUCCACUAAAAUCUACUAGAGCAAGUUCAGAACCAGUAUGA